AUGGUUACGCGCAUCUUGUCCCGGACAUGCUUGCUCUGGCUCAAAGAGAAUGGAGGUCAAAGAGUGUUAAGACUAACAAGAGAAAUGAGGUCUCCACUCAACACCGUUCACAUCAAACACGUCGUCAAAUUCUUUGACGACAACACAUCGUACGACCUUACCGAAAUCGACGAGGCCCUCGCCCGCAAGGUGCGAAUUAAUACUAUCCCAGCCGUCCCCGAGGCCUUCGCGGAGUGGCUCGAGGCAAUCGCACACGGCUACGACACCUUGACGCCUAUCCAUAAGGAGGUGAACGAGCUUUACGUCCAAUAUGAGCGCCUGAUGAACACAUCCGUCGAGACUCCGCGGACUUUUGACAUCCACCCUAAGCACAGUGCAACAGGAAAGGACCUUCUGCCGCCGAGUGUGGAAAUGUAUGAUGCGGUGCUGCUCGGUCAGAAGGAUGCCCCUUUACGCAAGAGGCUAUUGUUGCUAGCUAGAGCCAAGGUGCUGAAGGAGUACACGCUGGAGAAGCUGAAGCAUGCGGUUGAUGUUAUAUUAAACGAUGUGCCGAGUCUUGCGGAUCGUUUGAAUAACAUUGUUGAAGCUGCUUUCAAGACUAAGGAGUCCGAAUAA